UUUAAGAUGAAAACACUUGAUUCAAGAUAAGAUAGAAGAAAGUUAUUAUAUGUUUGAUAUAAAUAGGUUUUCGUUUCUAAUUCUUAAUUAGAUACCUAAUAUUUUGCUUUAAAAAAAAAUGUAUUUUUUAGGCUGCAUAGUGUUUUUAGGAUUGGCCUAUACCAAUUGGGCUGAACAAACUCCAGAAAUUAUUCCGAUUCCUGGAGGAAUGACCGGCAAAGGGAUCACAACCCGAUACUGGGAUUGCUCUAAGCCAUCUUGUGCCUGGAUAGAAAAUUUACCUUCAGGAGUAGUCAAUCCAGCACAUUCCUGUGACAUUGACGGUUCCACUAUCGUAAGUCCUCAUACUCAGUCCAGCUGCGAUCCAAAAGCAGAUCCUCCAGUUGCAUUCAUGUGCACCGACCAACAGCCUUGGAUUGUUAACUCUACUUUGUCUUACGGCUUUGCCGCAGCUUCAUUUGAAGGUGGUGUUGAUGAAAGCAGAUGUUGCACCUGCAUGCUCUUGUCUUUCCAAGGACAAUUAGCUGGUAAACAGCACUUAAUCCAAAUCACCAAUACCGGUAGCGACUUGUCACAGAACCAAUUCGAUUUGUCUUUACCUGGCGGUGGUGUGGGGCUUUGUACAGUUUCUUGCGCCAGAAUGUUCGGAUGUGAACCGACUGGAUGGGGCGAACAAUACGGUGGUAUCAGCAGUUUGGAGGAGUGUGACGAUUUGCCAAAAGUGCUUCAGCCAGGUUGUAGAUGGCGAUGGGAGUUUAUGGAAGGCGUUCCAAAUCCUGAAGUUACUUUCCAAGAAGUGCAAUGUCCGAAGGAAAUUGUUAAUGUUUCAGGGUGUUAUUAGUAAACCUCAAUAAAACCAAAAAUGUCUUUCAUAUUGUUUGUCCAUUUGAGCUCACAUUUCUGCGCUUUCCAUGGUAUCAUAUUCCAGGAUAUCUAACAUUAUUAGUAUCUCUGUGAUACAGUAACGUCAAAUUUCAAUAAAUGUCCAUCCUUUGUGGAGUUUGCCAAUGAUU